AUGCCUUUACCGGAAACUUCAGAAUUCGAAGAAAUGCUGAACUCCUAUAAUUUCACAGUCGUUCCAGGUAAUAUUACUAAUGGUAAAAACGAACCGUCUAGUGGAGAACCAUUUUUUAAUUACAAAACCGCAGUAGAAUUAUGUAGAACUUAUGGAGCAGAUGCUGUAUCCUUAAACAGUGCUGACGAGGAAGAUUUUGUUAAAAAAUUAGCGUUUUAUACUUCAAUUUCUAAACUGAAUCCAAAUGAACUGGAAACACCAAGGCGAGUGCUGCUGGGUUUGCAUGGGAGUUCUACAAAAAACUUAGUUUGGUCAGACUCUUCAAGCACAGAUUACAUAGUUCAGAGGCUCGCAGAAGAGAAAAUAACUCUUAGUGAGGACCGAAGCUGUUUGGAGCUUCAACGCAGAUAUCUCGCUCAACAAAUUUACUACGGUAUUACUGUUUUGUAA